AUGCCCCCGCUGCUGCUGAUCUGCGGGACUGCAGCAGCAGCCUUUUUCGCCUACCUGGAUGGCUGGUACCUGCUGAGGAUGCCUCUGACUUACCUGUACGCCAGGUGGCUGCUGCCUUCCAUCUCGGACCCUCUGCAAGAGCAGCAGUUCCACAGCUGGGUGCUGCCUUCCGACUUGGACCUGCUGGUGCACAUGAACAAUGCCCGUUACCCCCGGGAGGCCGACAUGGCGCGCUGCGUCCACAUGGUCCGCUGCGGGCUCUUCCAGGCCAUCCGGGCCCUCGGGGGCCACACGAUGCUGGCCGCCUCCUGCUGCCGCUUCCGGCGUUCGCUGCACCUUCUGGAGCAUUUCACCAUCCGGACCCGUAUCCGAGGCUGGGACCACCGGGCUUUUUUCCUGGAGCAGCGUUUCGUCAGUGCCCGGGACGGUUUCGUUUGUGCCGUGUUGCUGGUGCGGCAACACGUAACGGGCACCAGUCCGGGCACGGCUGUGGAGCAGGCGUGCCGAAGGAAGGUGGAAUCCCCAGCCCUGUCGGAAGAGAUCCAGCAUUGGGUGAGAUACAACGAAGCCAGCAGCCAGAGCCUCAGGAUGGAGAGCGAUGUCCAGGAGAAGAGCAAAGCCCCCUGA